UAACAACCUUCUCUUCAUGAGGAGUUUCUACAUGGAUUCUACGGUACCCCCUUGGAACUUUGCACCCUCAAACGACCUCAAACAUGGUGUCCUUCAAACGGCCUCCCAGCUGCGGAUCUCGCCUGGAACGCGCUUGUGACCGUGGUGACCGUGUCAUCGAGGUAGCGUAGCGGUGGGGAGAGGUCGGUGACGGUAGCUACUCACCCAGGUGAAACUCAGGUGAAACCCGGCAGAGGUGGGUCAGAACCCUAGAUCGACUAUCCUAGUUGGGUACCCCAUCACUCUUUUUCACAACCAAGAGAGGUUGAACAGCCCUAUAGCCCAUCCCAUAUGUUCCACUACAGGGUCCUAUAAGGUCUUUCAACCUCUGUUGGAACUAAGGAUUGAUCCUGAAUUUUCCGGAGUUGUUCAACCCCAUCGCCGUGGAGACUCUCCAACAGGUUUGGGAGUGCUUCCCACCCACCGUACUACACAGCGGGGCGGCCGCAGAUUUAAAGCCAAUGGGAUUAAAUCGCUGCACAAAUCGCACUGGAUACCGUGACUUCGUGGGUGUCUUCUUCCCGCACGUUUGGCGUCGCACCUCGCAACAGCACUUCCGCACUGCUGCUGGCCUGCGCCGCAAGACGUGUCGCAGGUUGGGGCACUUCGAGACGGCCAUGAAUUGCCUGGGCCAUGAUUUGGAGAUCCUUUUGGCCUUCGCACGGACUGGCGAGUACAAGGCCAGCUGGCAAUCGAUUCUGUCCUCCCUGGGCGGCCCAAUCCGAAGCUGGGUGUCCGCCUGGCCCAACGAGACGGCCUUAGUGGUGAUGACCACGGGCCACGGACGCUUACUGCACCCGGCCUUGCGCUCGAAGAAAGCACAGAGGGCGACCGUGGUCACCUACGCUGGAUCGACGAAUUGGCUGCAGACAUCCAAUGCCUAUGCCUUUACGGACUCCUUGGCGCACGCGAACGCGGACUCAGCGCACGCAACGGACUUCGAGUCGCGGUGCAGUUCGGCCAAGCGCAGCGUUGCUUCGGGCCAUGCACAUUAUUAUUAUCCUGACACAUGGCCUCAUGAUGUGACGAUGCAGUAUCCUUCUCCCUUUGAUACGAAAAAGCUCUGGCGCGGCCCGCAUGGGCGUCACUUGCUGGCCUCCUUCAUCGGGACGCCUACACAUUGCACCAGGCAAGAUCUCUUGAACCUUUGGCUUGGCAAGAAUCGCACCGGCUUGAGCGUGAUGGAGACUGUACAUGAAAAGAACCUCUACAGUCAAGUCUUGCAGCAAAGCCGCUUUUGCUUAGUCCUCGAUGGCCACUACCCCUGGACCAUUCGCUUCCUCGACGUCCUGCAGCACGGCUGCGUUCCGGUGAUCCUCUCAGAAUCGUGGCACCCACCGCUGCAUCGGCUCCUAGCUUGGACCGGUCCGAAAGUCUCGCACUUUCCAACGGUAGUGGUGCAUCCACGUUGGAUGCACAAGCUGGACCGCAUCCUGGGGCAAAUCAAGUUCAAUCAUUGGGUAGAGAUGCAAGCCUUGACGAUGACACUGGCCAGGAUCUUCGAUCCCAGGUAUUCCUACUGCCCUACUGCCGUGUUGGCCGAAGUGUUGCUUGCCAGGGUGGAACGACAUUCGCUCCAAGAUGGAUGACCUUCAUCGAUUUUUGUCCACCAACCAGCCCGAGGUGCUGCAGCUUGCUUGGCAGAGUUCACAAGCAACAGAGGUUGAAGAAGCCUCUUGACAUAUCCCACCACAGGUACCCCAGGUGACAGACGGGUCAUCCGAUCAUGAGGUCACUUGACCUCAAGUUGGUAGCGAGACGCAUGAAGCUACGGAGCUGGGGGAAAGGACCGGUGCAGCUCCACGUCGGGAACCGUGGCUUGCACCGGUGGGGCGCCCUGCUCGGGCGUGGGACCUCGGCUCUGGUCGGCUCUGCGGCGCGCCGUGACCUACGCGACGUGGUCGGCACACGUGAAGGAAGCCGGCUUUCCCUGACCUUCCGGAGAUAGCUUUGGGCCUCAGAAGAUGUGAAAACCCAUCUUCGGGGGUGCGCAGGUGUUGGCGCACUGGUUCAAAAACUCGACCAGUGCUGUCUUUGGAUCUCUCAUGCCCGGCGAACUCCGACUGAUCCGGGCUCGUCUCGCACCUCCG